CGGGGGCGGCGGCUGAGCCACGAGCGGGAGCGGGACCGGCGGCGGGAGCGGGACCGUCCCCGUCCCCCCGCCAGCGGCUCUCCCGGCGGGGCGGCGAGAAGUCACCAUGACCCCAGCCCUGAGAGAGUCAGCAACAAAGGCACGUGGUGUCCACUUACCUUCCUUGUCAACUAAAACCAUGGAUCCCAGUGCUCUGUUAAAAAUCGAAAGCCCGAGAGCUGUUGAAGAGGCGCCAAAGAGGGAUUCCAGCUCGCAGAUUAAUCACUCGGGGUGUAGGUUUCCCACUCCUGAGCCCAGAGUCAGUCAGUCGAUAAAUUUAAAGCCCUUUGGCUCCCUUCAGCCUUCAAACCAGUAUCAGACCAUCUUGCUGACGGGUUCUCCAUCCUCUUUAAAAACCCACGACAACAAUAGCAUGCAAAGGAAAUUAGGGGAGCCCUACUGCAGCAGACUGAAAACUGGCACCAGCUCUCAAUCUGGAAGAAUAUGUCACUCCCGAUCUGAAGAGCUAAUCGACAAGGGACCCAAAUCAGAUGUACUAACAAGGUGCCAUCGCGUGGUUGAGGUGAAGAGGGCUUUGGUUUCAGAUGCACCUAAAGCUAGCAGUGGAGGCGAAACACAGCCAUUAAACUGUAAGUGGUUCCCAAGGAACGGGCUUCUAAGUAAGACUUCCAGUGCCAAAAUUCAAAGGAAUAUACUGCAUUGUCCCCAAAAGAAAGUCUGGCCUGGACACUCAGACUUGAUUUUGAGCUCUGCUGCUGCUAGGAAAGAAAAGGAGGUGAAUACUCGUUUAGCUCAGUGUGUAAAGAAACAGAAAGUUCUGCUCUUCCAGGCCCAGAGGACUCAGAAACACUUGCAGAUGCUCUUGGCCAAGCAUGUGGCUGAACAUUGUGGUGAGCAAUUGAGGUGCUGCCUGAAGCAUCAGCUCCAAAAGGUGAAGGCUCCUGGAGCCUGGGACUGCGGCUUUCCUGGUUGUACCGAGGUGAAUUCAGCAGCUAUCCUAUCUGCCAUGGAGAAUGAUUCUUGGAAAGACCUAAAAACUGGCUUGGCGAGAAGUGCUGCCUCUAAAUUCCAGAGGUUUGUGCUCUCAGCUGCAGGACUGUUAUCCCACGUUGAGGAAAACCUGGACUCUGAGGCGACGGGCAGCAGCUCGGAUGAAGAGUGGAAUGAAAAGCCGGUUAAUAAAAACGCGGCGGCGAACUGCAGUUCUGAAUGGAGGUGGCUUGUAGACAGAGCUAGAAUUGGCAGUCGCUGGGCCUGGCUUCAAGCCCAAAUUUCAGAACUAGAAUGUAAAAUUCAACAACUAACUGGCAUUCACAGGCAGAUUCGUGCUAACAAGGGAAUGGUGAUCCUAAAGGAAUGCCAACUUCCAAAACACAAUUUGAUGAAGCAGAUACAAUUGACAGACCAAGCAGCUUUGUUGAGCCCAAUGGGGAAUUCUCAAGUUCCAGUGGAGCAACCAGAAUCUUUGCUGGAUCAAGAUUUUGAAAUGUCACCAAGCAGCCCUACUUUACUUCUGCAAAACAUAGAAAAACAGAGUGCUCAGUUGACUGAAAUCAUCAGUAGUCUGAUUGCUCCAUUCAACCAGUCACCAACAUCUUCUCCACUUGCCUCCAAAUCCUACAGAGGAAAACACCUGACCAAUGGCAUCUCUUGUAGUUUUUCAGAGAACGUGAAUCAGCGGCCUCCCUCCAGUAGUUGGUUACGUAGCGAGAAGCAUGUUAAGAAAAGGGGAAGAGACAAGACAAGAAUGAAGUCUCCUUCCACGAUUACUAUGUGCACAUCUGCCCGUACAAGGCCACUUCAGAGUUUCCACAAAAGAAAACUCUACAGAUUGAGUCCAAGCCCUGUGUGUUAUUUGAGUCAGCAGGCUUUGCCCUCCAAAGAUGUCCUGAAUCACCUUUCUGUGCCCAUGCCUUGUACGUCGUCCGCCUCAACCUGGAAUGCCGGCAAUCACACUGCAAAAUCUGAGCUAUCAAGCCACCGUGUUCAUGAGCUGGAUGCCUCUUUCCAUCCUGUAUUAUCACUCCCCUCAGAUGUUCCACUUCACUUAUACUUUGAAACACUGGUAAAAGGAAAUGAGAUUAAAAGAGAUUCUCCUGAGAGCACAUUGCUGGAAAGAGAGGUGCAUUUUGCUCAUCAUACUCCUCCUAAGGAAUGGAGAAAUGGGCAUUCUCCCAUAUGCAAAUCUCAAACAAAAUCGGAGACCACAGCACAAUUGUUAGAAGGAAGAAAGCAGCAUUUAAGUGAAACCUCCCCAGGGAUAGGAGAAAAAAAUAGGUUUGAAGAAUUUACUCUGCAGAACGCAGACCCAGGAGCACUUCACCAUUUCACGGCAGUUUCUGAUGUCCAGGUCCUCUCCAGAUCAAUCCCAACCACACCACAGAGUACAAGACGGAGAAUUAGAAGUGAAAGCUCUUAUGACAUAGAUAAUAUUGUGAUUCCCAUGUCUUUGGUGGCUCCUGCCAAACUGGAGAAGCUUCAGUACAAAGAAAUUCUUACUCCAAGCUGGCGGAUUGUGGAUCUUCAACCUUUGGAACCUUUGGAAAAGCCUUAUUUCGGUGAAGACGAGAGAGAAGACCUUUCUGAUGAAGUCUUUUCACUACGCCAUAAAAACUACGAAGAAAAAGAGCAAACCAGGUGGUCCCUGUGGGAACAAAGCAAGUGGCAAAGAAGAAUCAGCAGGUCUUUAGGCAAAAAUGUUGAUGGGCAAGAGAGCCAAGUUUCAUUGCUGAAAGAAGAUAGCAACAUUGGCACCGUUCAGUGCUACAUGGCUGAAACUACUCCCGACCAACCCUCCGAAGUUCACAAUUAUUUGUGUGAGGAUGUCUCACCGAUCUUGGAUGAAAACGAAGAAGCUAAGUCUGGGUGGUGGGAACGGAGAGUUUUUCCACUAAAGAAUGAAGAAAUAGCAGCCCUGCUGUGCCAAGAAGAGACAGCAGAUCAACCUGAAAGGUCUACCGUGAUUUUCCACGGAGAUGACUCAUGUGCACAAGUAGCUUGUGGAUCCCCCUGCCAAGAAAGCAAUUCCCGGGAGGACUGGAAGGCGACAAGUCUGAUGGCCCAGGACUCAGUAAUAUAAAGAAAAACAGGUGACAAGGAUCGGGGUGGUUCAGUAGAGCAUUAAAAACUGGAGAAAAGUGGAAGAUAAAGUCAGUGUAACAUAUUUCACUCUUAUAUGCUUUAAAACAGGAGAGUAGGAAUUAUCACCCUGGGAUUCCUUUUGAAGCACAAAAUCUUUUCUCAAGAUGCUCCUUUUUUCAGUUACAUCUCAGGGCUGCAGUCAUUUGCCUGGAAUAACCAAGCACUUAAAUCCAGUGGCAUUCCUAAUUCCGAAUCUUAGGGUCAGUGUCAUGUUUGAAAUAUAUUUUAUGGUCCUGGUGAUUGAGCAUACUGUUCCAACUCAGAAAAGCUGUCUUGAACCAGUACUAGAGAGGUAUAUGUCCUCAGUAUGAGCAACUGUUUGGUAGUUAUGCAACCAGAUUUAAAUCCCUAAUGCAAAGUGUACUCUACCAUAGUUUUAAUUGAAUAUAGGCUUCUGAAUACCUUAACUAUGUGAAGGGAGGUUGUUUUACAUGUUUAACUCCCUUUAUUGCAGAUGGGAGUCAUUUGCAGCAAUUCCUGCAGAGGUGAGAUUUAAUCCUUUAAAAUAAUUUAUUUCUGUUAGACUAUUUUCUAGGUCACUGAGGUGCAAGACAAGCAGAAAAGAGUUAACGUUUAACUACUGGUGCUUUUUCAAUCACCAGAUCUCUGAAAGUUCAGCUAAGGCAUCCAAUCUUCUAGCUCUUAUUCUGUGUAAAGGGGCCACGUAAAAAGAACGUACUUAUUUGAAAGUGAAAAGAUGAAAUUGUGUAAGAAUCGUGUAAUGGAGUUUUGAUUCUUUAAUUCCCUUCAACUUUCCAUGUAUUUUACUUAAUCUAUUUUAAUUCAAGAGUGAGGUUUGCUAGUUAAAACACCUAGCCUCUGCAAGACUGAAUGUGUAGCACACAUUCUCAGUGGAAUCCAAAUUACACCAGUCGUGUUUUUCUAUGUGUCACGGGAAAUUAUACAAAUAACGUCUUUGUUGAACAUGUGCUCCAAGUUGUUAAGGAUCCAGAUAACCGGCCCUGGCUUAGUUUGUGUGAUUUCACACCAAGCUUCUGUCAAUUGACGUGAAAUUGAUAAGUGCUAGGAUUGGAGGAAACAGUUGUCAGAAUUCCCCACUUGCUGCUUUUGCUUGUAGUUUUACUGUCUCUUAGUUUAAGAAAAAACAAACAAAAAAAACCCCCUAAAUCUGCUGAAACCAGUUUGUCCUUAGAAUUAAACUUGUUUUUUUUUGCUUUAAUGCUUAAAUCCCCCUAAUUUUUUAAACUUAUUUCUAUGUUUUGUGUAGUUUGAAUUUCAUUAAAACUGUAGAACACUUGGUUCCUGUU